CGUGAAACUUUCAACGUGUAUUUUUUUUUCCUUCAUCUUAAUUUCCUCUCGAUAUCCCCGAAAACAGAAAAAAAAAGUCAAGUUAGUUGUAUUUAGCAUGUUCCUCUACGAAUGUCUGUUGAUAAGGCACUUGAUACCUUGCAGCAACCCACUUACGUCAUGAGAAUUUUAAUCUUUUAAUUACCCAUUUAAAGCAUAAAAUGCGCUUAGCAGCCUUAUACGAUGUCUGAAAACUACUUUCUGGUCAUUCCUCUGGAGAUGACUGGUUUCUAUCAGUGUUUCAGAUAUUCAACGCUUAUGAUUUAAAAGUACCAUUUAUUUACUUGAAGUGAUGGCUGAAUUAUUUUUUUCUGCAGCUUUGAAACGGCUGUGAAGGAUGUUUUAGAAGUUGGUGUAUUAUGAAAACAAUAAAAUUCAGUAUUAAAAACGUUAAUCUCCGCGCGGUGAUACGCCGGCUCACAGCCCUGCACGUAAGUACUAUUUGUCGCUUCAUACGCGUGUGGAAGUCGCCCUUAACACUUAUUGCAUACAACUCUUCUCUUCCCCCUCAAUGGCGGGCAUUAAAGAAAAAAAGUCUGAGGAAAUCUUGAAUAGUCAGCAGAUGUGGAAUUUUCUGCUGAAAUUAGGGAAUAGUUAGGGAAAUAUUGGUUAAUUUAGGGUAUUAGAAUCUUUAAAUCAGCUGGUUAUUCAAAAACUCAGCCUGUAUCGCUAACCAAUUAACUUCAUUGUAGUUUUUAAAUGUAACAUAAAUAUUCAUGUUAAUUUACAUAUAUGAUUAAAUUUGUACAUUUGCAUGAAAACAACUGUAUCACUAAAAAUAAUGUUCGCAGUAAUAUUGCGUUCGGGUUCUUACCCGGGCAUUUAUGCUUUGUGUUGACUCAAUACCUCCAAUAUUUAAAUUUAAAUUCAUAUACCGUUCCCUAAAUAGGUUUUUUAUUAUCAACUGCGCACUUUAAUAAGUAUAAUAAAACACAAAAAUUACAAUUAUUGAAUAUUCGAUUAUAUUUGCCAUGGUUUAAAAAAAAUGCUUGAUUGAAACUUCAAUUAAAAUAUAAAGUUAUGCGCCAAUUUUCAUAAAAAAUGCUCAGUAUUAUCGGGAAAAAAAUUAUUGCAUAUAUGCAAAAAUAUCCAUAGCCACGUGUCGUGCAAAGUUACAAUAUAUUUCUUGUACAGACUCUUUCUUGGCAACUGGUUUCCGAAAGAAGCUUUUGUGAAAGCACAGAAAAUCUUGCUGAGCGUUUUUUUGUUGGCAUGAAAGACUGAAUUUCUCAAUGAUUGUGCCUCGGAGUCUGGCGUAAGGAAAAAAAAACUUUGCUCUUUGUUUCCAUGUUUUUUUUUGUAACUGUGCGAACAGUUUCGUCACGAUGUUGAAGAAUCCGUGACUACGCAAUGCUAGGAAGCAGCGCAACAUGUUAUGUUGCAUUUUAUGUACUAACAUAACAUGUUUUAACAGCAGAAAAAAAAUUAAAUACCCGGAAGAAGUCAGGAAAAGUCAGGGAAUUCUGUCUGAGGACCAAACUAUAGGCACCGUGCGCGCCACUCUGGCGGCCAACGGUGUAACUAACUGCGGGACGGCAGGAAUUGAGUAACUGCGCAUCGCUAGUGUGUCACUUCUAAACAGUUCAAAACGACUAGCAAUAUGAAUGUAUUUAAAAAGCGGAAAGGUAACACAAAUUGCUGUGUGGUUGGGUGUAGUAAUGCGUACAGAAACACAUCACCUGAUAUAGUGUUUUAUUCAUUUCCAAAGCGGAAAACUGAAGAACAACGACGAAAGUUGUGGGUUCAAGCGGUACGCAGACAAAAUGUUGAUAAUUCACCUUGGGAACCAACAACCACCUCAAGAAUAUGCAGUGUUCACUUUAUUGGAAACAAAAGGUCAGGACACCCUAAAAAUCCUGCAUUCGUCCCCAGUUUAUUUCCAAAAAACUAUAAAAAGACAGCUGCCUCAUCACAAGCUUCCGAGAGGUAUGAAAGAUCCGCGAAAAGGUUAAAAAAAAGUAGCUAUGUAGAUAUUAUAGAUUAUGAAUGUUCAACGAGUGCUGCUAUUAAGAAACAUGAAGUUGCAAUACAGACGGAUGUAAAUGAAACAAUUGUCUGCGAUUUUGUUUUUUCUUGUACAACUGAUGGGGAUGAAUUGUCGACUCAAGCUUCUAUUCCAUUGCAAGUCUGCCUUAAUUCGUAUAAGAAACGUUAUGACAAGAGCUCAGGAACAAGUGAUAUGUGUAAUGAAAUACAAGGUUUUCAAGGAUACCCCUCAAUAAGUGAUGAGACAGAACUGCGAGACUUAACGGGCGUGACAUUUGCUGUUUUUAAUCUAUUGUUAACAUUGUUACUUAAUCAAACACAAUCUUACAGCAAGAUUAGUAAAGAAAAUCGUUUGCUAAUAUUUUUAAUGAAGAUGAAAACUGGCUUGUCAUAUUCUGCUAUGAGGGUGAUGUUCGGAGUUCACCGUACAACUAUAUCACGUAUUUUCACCACUACUCUAAUGUUGCUAGCAUCUACAAUGGCUAAUUAUGUGUUUUGGCCUAGCAGGGAAAGUAUAAUGGAAACAAUGCCUGCAAUUUUCAAAAGAAAGUACCCUAAUUGCCGAGUAAUAAUUGAUUGUACGGAAAUUAAAGUAGAACAGCCACCUAUUGUUGAUCAAAGAAUUUUUCUUUAUUCUAAUUACAAGGGUACUUACACAAUAAAAUUCCUGGUAGGCAUUUCACCUAGUGGAAUGGUGACCUUCAAAUCAAAAUGCUAUGGUGGCAGAUCGAGUGACACAUUCAUUACAAAUGAUUGUGGAUUAUUGAUUCUAUUAGAAGUUGGCGAUGAGGUCAUGGCCGACAAAGGUUUUCCAGGAAUAAAAACAAGCCUCUCCGACAAAGGGGUCGUUGUUGUAACUCCGCCAUACCUUCAUGAUGGAAAAUUAACAGCUGAAGAAGUGGAAACUACAUACAGUAUUGCCAGUGUUAGAAUUCAUGUUGAGAGGUGCAUUCAACGAAUUAAAAUCUUUCACAUUUUAGACAAACUAUCAAUUGAACUGCUCCCCUUUAUUGACGAUAUUGUUCAUAUGUGUUGUGUUUUAGUCAAUUUGCAGUCUCCUAUCAUUAAAAAUAAUACAUAAAGACAGAUUUUUACUAUGUAAACAUACUGAAUGAGUACUUUAAUGUAUUAAAUAAGUAUGACUACAAAGUUAAUAAAUUUAAGUUAGUCAAGACAUGGAAAGUCUACACGAAAACAGAUAAACAGAUGAAAUGCAAUCUGCUAUGAAUAACAUUUGUUAUUAUAAUGUACAUUUGUUUGAUUACUAGACAUUUACUGAAACAAGUUUAGGUAAAUAGUGAUUAAAAUAGAAUGUUUCUAUUUUAUCAAUGCAGUUCUCAAUGUACGUCAAGUUCUUUUCUAAUGUUAUGCAGAUCUGUUGUUUCCUACUGUAAACAUACAAGUCACAUGUAUCAACACCUGUUACAUACAUUAAUAUCUGACACUGAGUGUAAUAAAUAUUAUUUUUCUUUAAUGUAAUGUUUCCCCUUUCGUCUAGAAGUAAAUAUUUCAAAGAAACAUUUCCUGCCUCAUCAAUUAUGCACCUAUCUUUACAUGAAAUUGGACAUUUUACUUCUAAUACUUUUUUUGCCUUGCCUUUACUAACGACGAUGCCAUCUGGGCUUCCACAAAGCCAUGGUUUCAGUUUAUGAAUUAUCAGUCCACAACGUAACACUUUCGUAUCAUAUGUUCUUUGAUAAUGGCCUAUGGCUUCAGAUUCCAUGUCUUUUCCGUAUUUCACAUUUCUAGCAGCUACACCAACUAGAAUUUUGUUAGACUCUACCAAAAAAGUAUUUGCUAACGAGUCAAAACUUUCUCUUCUUACUUUUAUGCGAUGAGCCUUGUUGCUCGCCGAGAUGCGGAGUUUUCUUUCAGUGAACCAUUCUGAACAUUCUGCCUGCUUCCGUGUUGCUACAGAAAUAUUGAGUGCCUUCUCAUAACUAACACUCACAUAGUUUUCGUAGAAUGACUGUUCGCCCUCAUUCAAUGGUCUAAACGCUAAAUUUGUUGUCAAACUAUUACACUGAUUUUGUAGGAUUUCUUUAGUUAUAUUUUUACACUCAUCUAGCACUACUGAGCUUUCCACUGAUUCUAAUAAAUAAUUAAUUACACUUUUACAGUCACGUUCCUCUUCUGUUCUAUUUUCUGCUUGUAACAUUUGAUACAGAGGACAAGCGAUAUUAACAAGAGUAUCCACUUCUAAAGGAGAAGCGGCUACGGAAUAUUUUAGUUCUUUUUUAGGAAAUAUUUCACUUAUUCGCUUUCCCUUUGAAUACUUUUCUUUCGCAGCCCUAGUGGAACAUGGUUUUCCCCAGGUUUGUGGAAUGUCAGUCUUCGAAGUAAUUUGUUCAUUAUUAACAUAGUAAAUAACUGCAGCAAUGUGUUUACAGUCGCAUCCAAGUCCUGCCGGGCAUGGGCAGUUUCUGUUUAUAAUAUUUCUUCCGCCGUCAACCUACAAAAACAAAUGAACGGUUAAAUAAACAUUAACAUUUAAACAAUAAGCACUGAAGUAUAAACGUAAGGAAAUAAAAUACUUACUUCAAGAGUGACAAGGUACGGUGGAAGAUUAACAGACGUUUGCCGAAUCACUUCUGCUUUUAUUAGAGAAACGUCACCUCUCUUUAUUUCCUUUACAUUAUUCACAUGGCCACUGAUACAAAUAUUUUUCCCUUUCGAUAAUUUAUUCUCACCGAGGUUACUAUUUUUAAUCGGUAGGAAACCACAUGUAGUUUCUAUAUCACACAUGAUUACAAACUGAUUGUCAGCGCGCUGCGUGUCUCGGAGAGAGGCAGGCAGGUCGCGCGCGGCAGUCCCUCAAGUUGUUUCGAAAAGAAACACUACGCA